GCCACGAUGGAGUUUAAUUUGGAACCGUCAGCGCGAAUUCAACAGCUUUCCGCCUUGAACACGGUGGUCUCGCUCCAAGCGCAUCUCCGGACGCUCAUAAUCGCUCAAGGCCGAGCUCUCUUUGCCGUAGCAGACUCGUGUCUAAAUGCAGACGCGUACGACGUCGUCCUAGAACGUUCCCAAGGGGCCCCGCCCCAACUUUGGAAGACCCAUUUGGUGGUAUACACCAAGGUGCGCAACAAGGUGGAACAGAGACUUGCUUACACCGGUAUUUCUGCAGAGGAUAGCGAUGGUGCUGUCCUGUCGAUGGUAGACCUAUGGAACAAGUUGACUCCCAUUUCAUCUACCACAUGGGGCGGGAAUGGGGCUGGGAAGAGACAAACAAAGGCAGAGAGCAAAACUGAGGUAAAGUCAAAGGGAAAGAGAAAGGCUGAGGAAGAAGAAGGAGUGGGGAGUCAAGCAGAAGGCACAGGACAUGACGUCGGACGCCAGGGAUUUGGGUAUGGGAGGCCGGUUUCACGCGAACGCGACCGUAUGCUUUGCGAUCCUAGUAAGGACAUUCUGGCAGUCGGGGGGCGGGGAAAUGAGAGAGGGGACGUGACCGCGUACACAGCGAGGAACACGGGACAAAAUCCAGAAGCAAACCAACAUGAGGGUCCGGCCGACGAAGAGACGGAGGGAAGGGCACCUGAUGCCCUCUAUUCGCCCCCAGAUGGUAGUAGUCGAUGA